AUGAGCCAGCUGCUGUCCGAGAAUUGUAAGCCCCUCUCCGAGGACGAAGUGAAGGGCUUGUGUGAGAAGGCGAGAGAAAUCUUGAUGAAGGAGAGCAACGUGCAGGCCGUGAAUUGCCCGGUCACUGUCAGCGGCGAUAUUCAUGGGCAAUAUCAUGAUCUUCUCGAGUUGUUCCGUAUUGGAGGAACUUGUCCGGAUACCAACUACUUAUUUAUGGGGGAUUACGUGGAUCGUGGAUACUAUUCAGUGGAAACUGUGACGGCACUUGUGUGCCUCAAAGUGCGGUAUCCAAACCGGGUGACGAUCCUGCGCGGCAACCACGAGAGCCGUCAAAUCACGCAGGUGUACGGUUUCUACGAUGAGUGCCUCCGAAAGUACGGGAAUGCUAACGUGUGGAAGUUCUUUACGGACAUGUUUGACUACUUGCCUUUGACGGCACUUGUGGAAGUGAGCAUUUUCUGCUUGCACGGAGGCCUUUCGCCAAGUAUCGACACGCUGGAACAGAUCCGCAACCUGGACCGUGUGCAGGAAGUGCCGCACGAGGGCCCGAUGUGUGACUUGUUAUGGUCUGAUCCGGACGAUCGAUGCGGAUGGGGUAUUUCGCCUAGGGGGGCGGGGUACACUUUUGGGCAGGACAUUUCGGAUCAGUUCAACCACACUAACGCAAUCACGUUAAUUGCUAGGGCUCAUCAAUUGGUGAUGGAAGGGUACAAUUGGUGCCAUGAAAGGAAUGUGGUGACCAUUUUCUCAGCGCCCAACUACUGUUAUCGCUGCGGGAACCAGGCGGCUAUCAUGGAACUUGACGAGAACAAGAACUACACGUUUUUGCAAUUUGACCCAGCGCCACGACGCGGGGAAGAUCAUGUUUCUCGACGCAGCCCUGACUAUUUCCUUUAGAUGUUUGUGGAAUGGAUUUUACAGAAUAUUCAAGUCUUGGAUGUUUGGUGGUUUUUUUGGGGCAAGGAAUGGGACGGCUGUUAGGUGUUGCUUCCAUUGAGAGGGAUGUCACUGUACAGCCCGGUGGGAGACAUUUGGAGGGUAGAGCGAGGGGAUUUGUAAGCAGAAGGUUAGAAAGUGUAAAUGCCAGAGACCACAGGUGUACAUGUGGGGAAGGCAAUGGCAUAGGAAUCGGUGAUGGGAAUUUGCGUGCGAUGUUGUUUUUGCGGAUGAGGCUACAUUUUAAACGCUGGUUACUACGCUACAA